UUUCGGGUGGUCUGUAUGUAAUUGCUGCAUCACUAAUGCCUUGGGUCAAAUGAAAUAGAUGAAGGGAGUCAAGGAUGCAUUCAUUGAUUUUCUGUCAACAUUAAUUGUAAAUAAAAGGAAAAAAAGCCUCAUUUGCAUGUAUAGCUCCAUUUGUAAAUGUGAAAACUUCCAGAGUACCGGUGCAUGUAAGUGUUAUUCACUCCAAAGCUGACUAGUUCCAAAUACUUGAUGCUUGCAGGUAGUUAAAGAUCUACUGGAAACAUUCAACAUCGGCGAAACCAGAGACAAUCGAGGCAACACGGCACUGCAUAUUGCAGCAUUUAGAGGGCAUCUACCAGUCAUCGAGGCUUUGAUCUCCGCAUCACCAUCAUCGUCUCAAUUGAAAAACAACGAUGGCGAUACUUUCCUUCACAUGGUGGUGGCAUGUUUUCAAAUGCCUGGAUUUCGUCUCCUUGACAAGCAGAUGGAGCUGGUGCGACGAUUAAUGUCUAUCAACAUCAUAAACAUUCAAAACGUCAUCAACAUACAGAACAACAAUGGAAGGACAGCUCUCCAUGUUGCCGUGAUUGGCGACGCUUUGCACUCUGAUCUAGUUGAGCUUCUUAUGACCAUUCCCUCUAUCGACAUUAAUGUUCAGGAUAUCGACGGCAUGACUCCGCUUGACCUGCUCAGCCGACGGGCUUGCUCUGCCACGUCAAAUUUACUGAUUAGAAAAUUUGUGUCUUUUGGAGGGAUAUCGAAUUUGAAGAACCCCAGGAUUAAAUCUGUGAUGACUUCACAGUCGAAAAUGGAAUCUGGCAUUGGAUGCAGCCCAGGAACCUCCUUCAGGAUCACAGAUUCAGAGAUUAUCUUAUACAGUGAAAUUGAAGCAGCUGAGGCCAGUGGGAGGCUAAGCUCAUGCUCCAGUGUCAGCUGGAGCGAGAAUGAGGGCAAUUCAAACAAGAAGAAGCCUUUAAGUUCUCUUGAUACUGCAGCAAGAAAGCUCAGGACUCUACUUACAUUGUCGCGACAUAAAAAGAAGUUUGUUGAUGACUGUGAUUCGAUGAAUUCUGUAACAAAAUGGAGUGAACGAGAGGAGAUUCCGACGCCCCUCCGGCAAACUUACACAAAUGGAGCAUCUUACCUCAUGAAUAAUAAGCGGACGGUUGCAGUGAGGACAUCCACGCCUAGCCCAGCUACAAAGAAGUUUUCUAUGAGUUUAAUGAAGGGAGUCUUCCAGGAAAGACCACAGUCAGCUCCUUGUUCACAACCUCAAACUCCGGUCAGCCCAUUCUCUUGCUCGCGGGUCUCAUCGCCAUUGUCAGAGAAGCAGAAGGUUGUUUAUGUUGACAAUGAGAAUGUCAAAAAAAGUGCAGUCAAACACGUCGGUUAUGGUCACAUUGUGAGGAGUUCAUCAAAGUUAUCUGGUUUAGUGAAUUCAAAGCUUACGAACAAAUUCUUUUGUGUUGAGGCAAAUGGUUUGGAAGUGCAGAGCUUAUCAACCAGGAGCCAUAGCUGCUGUGUUCCUCCAGUGGGUAGAUGAAGCAAUCGAAAAUGGAUUGUUUGUACUUGGGGUGAAAUUUGCAAAGCUAGUUUGGAGCCAUGCAUGGACAAAGGUUUUUUUUUUUCAUUUUUUACGAAGCUGAAAAUGAAAGGUAAAUGUAAAGGCUUUUUGAGUGAGAAUUUGCAUUUUCUUUAGAAAGUUGACUUCCAACUCCUGAAAUUUUG